AUGGUCGCAGUAGUGUUUUCCCAACCGAAUCCAGCUGAUUCCCGAUUAUCACCGGAUCCCGCUGAUUCUCGAUUAUCACCGGAUUCAACUGGUUUUCGACGGUCGGAAUUGAAAGAUGAAACGAAGUAUAAGGGAUUAUACCAAAAGAUAACUGGAAAUAUCCAUCUUGAAUCAUGGGAUAUUCUUCGGGCUUUUCCUUACUGA